CAGUAGUUCUAGUUCGACUCGAGCGAGUGUUGUGUUUGCAGCUGUUUGCUAACAAAAAAGACGCGAUGUGACGUGAAGUCCUGGAAAUUUGGGUCAUUCCUCCUGUAGUUUCGUAGUUUAAUAGUGCACAUUCAAAUUUUAAAUCAUGGAAGAAAUUUUUCAAAAUGGAAACCGCGAAAAAACAGCAAUUGACAAUCUAUCAACGAGAGAUGUCCAAAAAGAGGAUUGUUUGCUCGAGCAUAUGGAAAUUUCAAUUAUUGAAGCGGAGAAAAGGGCAAAUGGACCAUUAAAUUUAAAAGAAUUUUAUACUGUCUACCUCAUUGAGACAAAAGUUACGGAUCCUAUGUUCAGAAAUGCGUUAAAAGAAAUAAGUUCCUUGUGGCGUCGUUACACGGAAUUUGAAUUACUCCGUGCAUAUUUAGAAAUUUCCUAUCCUUACGUUGUACUGCCACCUUUACCGGAAAAGAAAGUUCUUUACGCUUGGCAAAAAGUUACUACCGAUACAUUUGAUCCUGAUUUUGUAGAUCGACGCCGAGCUGGCCUCGAGAAUUUUCUCCUGAGGGUAGCCUCUCAUCCAUUAUUGUCGUUCGACAAACAUUUCAUAAGUUUUCUGCAACAGAUAGAAGGUUGGAGAGAAAGCGUGAAGGAAACAGGGUACCUGCAGAUAGCGGAGACCAAAUUAAAAGCACUGAGUGUGGCUGUAAGACUUAGGAACCCGGACAAGCGAUUCGAAACUAUAAAAAAUUAUGGAAUCGAAUUACAGAACAAUCUGUGUAAUUUACUAAGAGUGAGGGCAAGAUUAGCAGAAAAACAGUACAGUUUGUACAAACUACAUGCAAAUUAUGGCAGAGUUUUCAGUGAAUGGAGUGCUAUAGAAAAAGAAAUGGGUGAUGGUUUGCAGAAAUCGGGUCACUACCUGGAUUCGCUAGCUGCAACAAUAGAUACGACCCUUGAGGAAGAAGAGCUCAUUGCGGAUCAACUGAAAGAAUGGCUUUUUGGUGCCUCAGCUUUACAAUCAGUUGUAAGGCGGAGGGAAGCCUUGCAAUUGAUCAAGGACGAGGCUCAAGAUGUCCUUGCUGCUGCUUACGAUCAGAAAAAUAAAGUCAUACAGGGUGAAUAUUCAUUAAAAAAUUUAUCAUUUUCCAGUAAAGCGAUAGAGGAUAUUGAAAGAUUUCAGCAGCAAAAAGUUAUCGAUCUGAAAGAAACUUUGGCAGCUUAUUGUGUUCUACAGUUUAAACUUGCCAAAAAGGGUCUUCAUGCUUGGCAACAUAUCAAAGAGUGUUUGGAAGGAAUGCCCUAAGCGACUGAAUCAUAUUAAAAUUUUAAGUACAAUACCCCACUAAAAAAA